CGGGACAGGGGUAACCACGAAGCAAGAUUAUAAGCAUGGAGAAUCCACAUGAACAGGUACAAAAUGCCUUGUUGGCUCGUAUAAUCAACAAUGUUGAGAGACUGAAUGAAAGCGUUGUGAUAUUGAACAACUCAUUACGUGAGGCCAACAAGGACAACUUACAGAUGGAGUUGGUUGCACAGAUGUGGGAGAACUACCAGGCAAAUGCAGAGUUUAAUUUACAAGCAACAGGUAAUAAGCAGAAGCCACUGUGAACUGGCUUGUGUAGAUAAGGAGUUUAUAUUUUUGGACAGGUUCGAUAAUUAACGGUAUUGGUAACGGGAAAAUAAAGUGCGGCAAUGUAGUCUACAACCA